CACUUUAUCAGCUUUUUUUUUAAAGGUGUCAUUAAUUGCUUCACUUGUAGUCAUAGUAUACCAAAAGGGGAUUAUCAAAAUAUGACAAAAACUGCAGAGUGUGGAUGGGUCGAUAAAAACAGGAUUCUUCCGUGCGAUUUAUCAACUCAUUCAUGUAUAUACGACGUAACAUUGAAAGGAAUACGUGCAAAAUACUUUCGGGGUUGCGUUCCUGGAAAAUACACUACAAACUGCACACAUGAGUAUUUUGACAAUUCCACAAGACAGAUCAUACAUUGUCGUAGAGAUCAUUGCAACGUUUUGCCGGUAUUGAAGAGCGGAUGCAGCGAUUAUUCCGGAAACUUGAUCAUAAUUUGCAUAUCAAUAACUUAUAUAUUAAGUAUUCUGUACGAUAUGUUUUAGUAAUAGUUAGACAUUACUAGUGGUAGAUGUGAUUCAAAACACUUUUUCAGUUAAAUAUUAUGAAGUGAAUUGAGAUACUACCAAAAGAUGCUGUAAUAUAAAUCUCAUUAAUAUAUCAAUUAUCUAU